CCAGUCUCUCUCAGUGCGGCCUGCAGAGCGCCGAGGGGCCUGACUGACAGUGAGAAGGAGCCCGGGGUCCAAAGGGGCCCCGAACCGGAAGAGGGGUUAAUGAGCAGUCAUGGAGAAGAAGCAGGUGGCUGGUCAGGAGAGGCAACAAGCACGGACGUGGCGCCGGCCCAUAAAUCCCCAGACUGCUCCAGAAUCUGACAAGGACUCCGGGUUCUCAGAUGUGGCGUCGGAGUGCCUGAGCUGUGUGGAUCAGACGGAUACGGAAGAGUCUUCGCUGACCUCGCGCUGGAAUGCGCCGCACAACCCCCCGGGGGCCCCUCCCCCUCCUCUGCUCAUCUUGAAGAAUUUGCUUGUUGAUCAGGGGCCCGGCCCUGACCCGCACUCCCAUUCCUGGACUGUCCAUCCCUCCUUCCAGCUGCUGCCCAGCACAUCGCAGGUCCUGGUUUUCCCGUCCUCGGUACCUCCGGCAAAGCCUCAGCCACCCAUCGGAAAGUCCACCAAAUACUUUCCUAUUCUGGACUCCUUCCCCAAGAUCGCGCCGCACCCACCACAGGGCCACAGGAGAGCAGCCGAGACCAGGCGCCAAAACCAAACAAAACGGGGACUUCCCGGACCGCCGCCCUCCGGGGAGAGGGGAGGUUCCUCGGAGGGUCCGGUGGCUCCGGACUGUGACCUGGGCCCGGCCACCGCACCCAAUGAGACCAGAGACGGCGCCGAUCGCCUGGCAGCACCUUUCUCGGGCUCCUCUCAGACUGGCCUCUCGGCGCCAUCUCAGCGGGAGAAGAAAAGUCGCCGGUUUCGGAACACGCUGGGCGUUCUACACCGUUCCGGCCUGCUGAGCAUUGCCAUAAAAACCAAAGAGCUGGCCCGGCUUAACCAGGCCACCCAGAGCCAGCUGGAGAGGCUGCAGGAGCAGGUCAGCCUGUACACCACGGCCAUCGGCAGUAACCUCCCGGAGGACUGGCGGAGGCUGCAGGAAUCGCUGCCCGAGCCCAGCGGGCCGCCGGAGGGGAUUGCCAUGUGA